CAGCUGACUAAUCCAACCGCGCAUGAUGCUCCAAUUUGGAUUAAUUCUUGGGUUCUUCUACGCGCUUUGUCCUUUAUACCGGAACAUGAACCCCCCUUUUAGCUGUCAAGAUGGGCACCCAACAAGGAGUAUUUCUUCUCGGAUCAACGGAACCCCUUGAGCUUGAUCUCGGUACCGCAUCGUCCACGCCAGCUGCUACGGACGUGGAAGCGGAGACGGGAGCAGAAGCAGAAGCAGAAGCAGAGGCGGAGGCAGAGGCAGAGGCAGAGGCAGGAGCAGGAGCAGAAGCAGGAGCAGGAGCAGGAGCACCGGUUCCAGAUCAAAAUGACACCACUGCCAUUCUUCCCCCUCCCCCAGAGGCCUGGUACUUAACAGAGACGGACGCGCUCCACAAUGUCACAACCUGGGCGGAAAAGCACAAAUAUCGAAUCGUGCGGGCAAGAAGCAGUAGGAGCGGGGAUGGGGUGGCCAAGUUAAUCUACUUGAUGUGUGACCGCAGUCGAAGCACCGUAAGCAAAGCUACUGGGAUUCGGAAACGGCAGCCAUCGCGACGCAUAGGCUGUCCCUUCAGCCUGGCAGUGGGCUACCGUAAGAACCACCAGCUAUGGUACGUCAGGAUCCGCAACCCCAAUCACAACCACGGCCCUUCAGAGCCGAGGAAACCUGCUCGCAAGCAGAAGAAAGAGUUGCCGCCGCCGAUUUCUGCGCCUCUGCCGGAAAAAGCGCCACGUCAACCCACGCCAGAAAGCGCUCCUCCGCCUCCGGAGCACCUGAUGAUCCCGGGCCUGCGAGACGUCGCCCUGAGGGCGUACUGCGAGUGGCAGGAAUCCCAUGUCGCGGACGCACUACUCAAGGUCGAGUUUCGAAAGGCGCGGGAUGUGGCUCAUGCCAAUGGAUUUGAUCUGGAGCAGAUCUGCCUGGACAACGACCCGCAAUUCUACAUCGAAGCUGGGGUGAAGAAGGGCAUUGCGAGGCGUUUCGUGACUGAUAUCAAGCAAUGGGCUAAAUUGUGCGAGGAACUGAAUUGAUGGACUGCGUACAGUCAUUCUUGCAGGUUUUUGGGGGGGGGCUUUCUUUGGUCAUUGUUAUUUUCCGAGAUGGUCGGCGUUGAAGUCUUAUUGUGAUUCGAGAAGUUUUGUCAUCCACCAACAACCUGGCUAACUACCAAGGGGGCCCAGCGAAAAGGAUGAAAUAACCAUGGCUGGCCCAAAACAAACACCAUCCGAUGGGUUCAAGUGGAAACUGCGUCAUGGAGAUAUUGAACUCAACUGAUAGUAGGCAAGGCCUCUACCACCAAGUCCUUGGUCGUACUCCAGAAUAAUGCGCGAGUUGAGGAGUAGAUAUCCCAUUCCAGAUGGCUGUUGGUCCGAUGUAGAUCGGCAGCACGUGACGGCAGCUCCACCGCAUGAAGCUCCGGAGAACGUCAACAUUUGACACUUG